AAAAAGCAUCUUGAGAAAAAAAAAAGAGCCCAGCGGCAGAGUGGUGGUGGGUUUUACUUCCUGCUUGUGUCUCUUUGUAGCUAUGGGGGGGCGGGGGGGUUGGACAAAGCUGCCUGAGAUUCUGCAAGAUAAAUAAAUGAAAGAGAGAGAGAGAGAAGGAGAGGCACGAACGAGAGGACCGUCAGGCUAAUCAGAUCUGUGAUAGGGUGAAGGCAGAGCAACAAACAUGCUGCUGAAGUGACUCAUUUAAAGACUGCAGAUAAAGGCGACAGCUUCUCAUCGUUUGUGCGCGUUGAAUUUGCUCUGGUGGAGAUUUUCAGGGGGUGUUUUUUUUUUUUUUUUUAAAAACUGCUUCCUUUUUCAGAAAAGGUGUCUGAUGGAGGAAAGGGUCCACCAGAACACCUCGGCUGCACAUCUGCAUGUACUCCGUGGCGCCUAAAAGCCACAGCUGGAUUUGAAAAGGAGCCUUGAUGAACGCGUCGCCCCGACAUCCUUGAGUUGAUCUGAAACUAACGCACCAUGACCACGCUCCCGUUCGCCGCAGAUUUCAACGCCUCCUUCUCCACGUCGGCUUCGUUCGUGGCGGCUUGGACGUCGGGCGUGCCGCCAUCUUUCUCCUCCCCGACGUCGGUGGCCGGGAACGGGUCAAGCUGUACGUUCGACAGCGGCUCCCGCCGCCUGCCGCUGGCCGUUUUCUACUCGCUGUUCGUCGCUCUGGGGCUCACGGGGAACCUGUUCGCCCUGUGGGUCUUCCUCUUCGUGCACUCCCGCCACAACUCGGUGCGGGUCUUCCUCAUCAACUGCGCCGCGGCCGACGUGGUGCUCCUGGCGUGUCUGCCCUUCAGGGUGCACUAUCACCUCAGCGGGGACAAGUGGGUGCUGGGCGCCGUGGCCUGCAGGCUGGUGGGGAACGCCUUUUACAUCAACAUGUACAUCAGCAUAAUGCUGCUGGGCCUCAUCAGCAUGGACAGGUACGUGAGGAUGAGGGGGAGGGGCAGACGGCGGCGCGGCUGGGGCAUAUGGAGGAAGGUGUGCGGGCACAGGCAGCUGUGGAGCUGGGUGGUGUGUGGAGCCAUGUGGGGCAUGUCUCUGCUGGGGACCGUCGUCAUGGCGACGACCAAGGAGGACGAGGAGGACGUGGGGAGAUGCUUCCACUACAAGCAGCGGCGCGGCGUCUGGUGGAAGGCCUUGAUGAACGCCUUCCUGGUGCUGCUCUUCUGGCUCGUCUUCGUCAUGCUGGUCGUCUCCUACGCCAAGAUCGCCUCCCAGCUGCUGCAGCUGUCGCGCAAGAAGCCGGAGCUUCCCAACGCGCAGCGCUACAAGAAGACGGCCAAGAAGUCCUUCUUCGUGCUCUUCCUGUUCACCGUCUGCUUCGGGCCGUACCACGUCUUCCGCCCCGUCUACAUCCUGUCCCAGGUCGGCGAGAACCCGCCCUGCGAGUACCUGCAGAUGGUCGACCAGACCAACGAGCUCCUGCUCCUGUUGUCCACCUUCAACAGCUGCUUGGAUCCCGUCAUGUACUUCUUGCUGUCGGGCUCGGUGCGCCGGACCGCCCUGCAGGUUCUGGGGCACCGCUUCGGCAACCGCUUUCUAUUCCUCCAAGACAUAACGGUCAACAGCUCCACCAUAGAGUACAGGCGGGGGUCGGCGCCCAUGGCGCUACCCGACCAAGUCCUCAACAACCCCUCGCUCACACCCAGGACCAGCUUCUGCGUCAUCAACUCCAGCCUGCGGCGCACAGGAGCCACUGCGGGUCAUCGGUGAGCCCCGGCCCAGGGGAAAACCACGUCAGCCUGAACUCCUUAACUUUUAAAUGACUAGUUUGUGUGUUUUUUUCCUUAUUAUUCAGCUGUUACAGCAUCUGUGUUUAUUAUGCUGAAAGUUUUUACCCCAGAAUGUAGCAAUAAAGAGGUGUCUGGAUGUCUUUGCAGCUUACAG